AUGUACAGUUUUACGGGUCAGAAUACAUAUGGAAAUUUUAAUUCCACUUAUGCUACUUCGCCAGCCGCUGUUUUUAGUGCAGUGCAGUCACAGCAAACUCCUCAUACACCUUUAAGUGCUGUUGGUGGCACUAAUCCAACGAGUAUGUAUGCUAGUUUCUCAAACACUGCAGCAGCUGCACCAUCUGCAUCAGGAUAUCCGCCAGCAUAUGCAGCACCGACUCCGGCUGCGGCCUACGCUUCUUACGGUCAGACUGCAGCAGCAGUAGCUGGUUUGCAGCAACAACAACAACUUCAAUCGGCCUCUAGUGUUGUAAGUGUAUCUGGUGCAUACGGUUCGCAUAAUCCUUCACGUCUCACAGAUUCUUUCGGCAGUGUUGGUACAGUACCUUCUAGUAUCGGCUCUUACACCUCUUUAACAGGUAUUUCUUCGGACUACACGAGUACUUUAAGAUCUGCAGCUCCAGCGGCUGUUGUAAACCCAACAAAUAAUAAUUCUUUUGUGGGAGUGACUAGAAUUGGUGGAACUUCUCUUUCUUCAAACCCUCUCGCUCACGCUAUGCCAACAGUAACAGGAACAACUUCGACACAAUCGUCGUACAGUGGCUAUGAUGUCGCUGUAUAUGCUGCUGCCAGUAAUUACCUUCAGUCGAAAGCUGCUGGUACAACUAACGUUUGGAUGAGUAAUACGAAGAAAUCAGGCUCUGCUGGAUAUGGUGGUUCGCUUUCAGGGAACUUAACCUCUAAUAUCGGAAUUACAGGUGUUGGGAAAAACCAGUCUUCAAGCAGAGGUCGUGGGACUUUUCCAAAUAAGAGAUUUGGAAGUACUCGAGGCGGAGGGGAUAUGCAACAGUUUUACUGUGAAGUUUGUAAAAUAAGCUGUGCGGGAUCACAGACUUACAAAGAGCAUGUUGAUGGACAGAAACAUAAAAAAAAGGAGGCGUUACAGAAAGGUGAAGGGCAAACAUUAUCAAAGUCACGUGUUUCUUUCCGUUGUGAAACAUGCAAUGUUACCUGUACUGGUAAAGAUACUUACGAAUCGCAUAUUCGUGGAAGCAAACAUCAAAAAACUGCAAAUCUUAUGAAGAAAUUGGGGAAGGUAGUCCCAGAUACACCGACAGUGUUAGCUCCGGGAGAAAAAUCGAACAGUGCUGCUCUUCCUACAAAUGGUGCUCCUAUUUCUACUGUUGGCGGACCUGCAGUUCCUUCUAAACGGGUUAUUGGUGUGCCGACAAUGAACUUCGUAGGUGGACAGAAACUUCAAAGCACGGCUCAGGAUCUCGCACGGAAAGCAGCAGGUGCUGCUGAAGCUGCUAUUGAAGCUGCAGGGCAAAAAAAUGCUGCUGUGGAGGCAGCCUUGGCCGCAGAAAAGGAUGUCCAGCCAGUGGGAGAAGAUUAUGUUGAAGAAGAAAGAAACGCGUCUGGAAAGUUAUUAAAUUAUGUUUGCAAGCUUUGUGAUUGUAAAUUCAGUGAUCCGAAUGCAAAAAACAUUCAUAUCAAGGGCAGAAAACAUCGCUUACAAUAUAAGUUGAAAGUAAAUCCGAAUUUGGUUGUUGAAGUCAAGCCAAAUCAGGUUCCUCGUGAAAUGAGAAACGAAUUUGCUCGCAAAAUGAGGGCUCAUGGAGGCCCGCCGAUGAUGUUAAGGCCCUUUGGGCCACCGCAACAUAUGUUGAUGGUAAAACCCCCAAUUCGUCCUUGGUAUGGGUUGAUGGACACAGGAAGAAGAGUGGAGACGAUGGAAGACAGACAUGUUAUGGCAAAGCAUCAAAUGAUUUAUCCGAGUGAGAAUCAGUUGAAUGCAAUUGAAAGGCUUGUUGUUAUGACUGAGAAAGGAUUGAAAGAAGUGUCAGACCAUUUCGCAAAGGAGGAAGACUCGGCGAAAGAAGAAACUAAAGAUUCAUCGAGUAGUCAAGCAUCACAUGAUCGCUUACUUAAAGGAGUAAUGCGCGUAGGGUUGCUUGCCAAAGGACUCCUAUUGAAAGAUGACAAAGAGGUUGAACUCGUGGUGCUUUGUUCUCAACCUCCAACAUACACUUUACUGUCAAAAGUGACGAAGCUUUUGCCAGAAUUUUUAGAGAGUGAUGGUGAGGCAAUUACUGUACUGGAAGAGCCAGAAAAAAGUGCUUUGCAUGUAAAACAGCCUAGCACGGAAAUUGCCUGCAACGUAGUGUUCACUUCCGUUUGUAUUCGUAGUGAAUCUGGUGCAGCAUUUGAUGGUGAGGGUGCUUCGACCGGUGGAGACGACAAAGCUCAACAGGCUAAGGACGUCUUGCCGAAGCAACCGUGUCUCGAUGCUUUAGCGGAGCUUAGACAUGCGAAAUGGUUUCAGGUUAAAUGUGCAAGUUUACAAUCCGCGGUCAUUACCCUGCGUAUAUUAAGGGAUAUUCGUCAGCGCAUAUCUACGUGGCAACCGAUGAGCGCAUGGGCAUCUGAACUGCUGGUCGGGAAAGUUCUUGAAUCUUGUGGGGCUCCUUUGUCGCCUGGUGAUGCAGUGCGUCGUGUAUUUGAGGCCAUAGCUUCUGGUAUCCUAUAUUCUACUGGACCAAGUCUAAAAGAUCCUUGCGAAAAAGAAAACGUCGAUGCUGUAAAAAAUAUGACGAAUCAACAAAGGGAAGAUAUAACCUCAAGUUCGCAACAUGCUCUCCGACUAAUUGCCUUCAAUCAAAUGUAUAAGGUGCUUGGUGUACCACGACUACCAGAUGUGCGUUUUGGCUCUUCUUUUCAAGGUGAUAGGAAGCGUCCGAGAGAUUCUAACGGCAGUGUCGAUGACGGUGAGGUUGUCGGUUAG